GUUGCGGGAAGUUCGUACAAUAUGGCAUACCAAAUUAAUUUGACAUCGACCUAGUGAACAAACGGGGUCAAGUAUUGUCAUGACUUUCACAGCACAUUCGUGAGGUUGGAUCAUGGAUAUUUUUAAGACACAGGACGAGGAAUCUGCGGGCCCAGACGAAGAGAAUUCUGAAACUGACGAAAGUACAGUCUUCAGCAGUGUUCUAAGUUGUCUUAACUCCUUUCUGGCGAUGGAGGAGGGGACAGAGGAGGAUAGCUGCAGCAUUUACCCAGCGAUUCCCCUUGGAAAUGACAUCCGAGUUCGGGUGCAGCAGUUUAUGGAGGAGCAGAUGCAGACCAGUAUGUGGACUGGUGCUUUGAUCGGUGCAGGCGUUGUCAUCUCUGUCAUUGGAAUCAUGUUUUUACUGUACAGAAGACGAAAGGCCCGGGAAGAGGAGGCCGGAGUGCCCCAUUAUCGCUUCAGGAAAAGAGAUAAAGUGAUGUUCUAUGGUCGUAAAAUCAUGAGACAGGUGCAAACUCUCUCCUCUCCGCCCCCCACCAAUGGCCCAGUCCGGCAGCGCACUCGCAAGAGAACCAAAGUCCUCUCAAUUGCUCGCAAGAUCCUGCGUAUCCGCAGUGCGCCCCCAACCCUGGAGCCCAAGGAGCCCCCUCCCGCCGUGCUGGAGGCCGACCUGACCGAGUUCGACGUGCAGAACUCUCACCUGCCCUCCGAGGUGCUCUACAUGCUCAAGAACGUCAGGCUCCUGGGCCACUUUGAGAAGCCUCUGUUCCUGGAGCUGUGUCGCCACAUGGUGUCGUUGGAGCUCCAGGAAGGCGAGAUCCUGUUCCGGCCGGGCGACAUGGACGACAGCAUCUUCGUGGUGCAGAGCGGACGCCUGGAGCUGCUCAUCCACGAGUCAGAUGGCACGGACUCCGUGGUGAAGUUGGUCAUGCAGGGAGACAGUGUUCACAGUCUGCUCAGUAUCCUGGAUGUCAUCACUGGCUACCCGGCCCCGUAUAAGACAGUGACGGCCAGAGCAGCUGCCCCCUCCAGCAUCCUACGCCUGCCAGCCGCAGCCUUCACCGCCGUCUUUGAGAAGUACCCAGAGACUCUGGUCCGCGUCGUACAGAUCAUCAUGGUGCGUCUGCAGAGAGUGACGUUCCUGGCUCUCCACAACUACCUGGGACUCACCACUGAACUCUUCAACCCAGAGAGCCAGGCGGUGCCUCUGGAGUGUGUAGCCAGUGUGCUGGGGGAAGCCCUGCAGGCCAAGCGCCGCCACUCCCAGACCCCCAGCAUGGACGACGUGGCCCUCAGAGAGAGGACGCCCACACAGACAUCCGAGUCCUCGCACAGUGACACUACUGCCACAGAGAGCGGCAAACCUUUACCCUCCUCGCCCUCAGACAGCCCGUCCUCAAUGUUCAGGAAGUCUCGCUCCCUCUCCUACUCCACUCCUUCAGAGAUGUCCCAAGGUGUGACAGGACCUGAGAUCAACAAAGCGCUUGAAAAGCCAAUAUUGAUAAAAGAGGACUCUUCCUCCAGUUCAAUGGCUCACAAGCCCAUCCUGAAGAAGAGUGUGACGAUGCAGUCGUCCCCGUCGGCUGUCUUCACCUACUACUCCUCCUCCAGCCACAGCUACGGCAGCGGCCACGUGCAUCACAGCAGCAAGGUCAACGCCAUCUUCCAGGCCGCCAAGAAGGACCUGCUCAAGGUGCUGCAGCUCCAGGACGACAACUUGAUGGAAGGGAAGGUCUCCCUCCGGCAGGUCAAAGCAGGCACUCAGCUGGCCACCCAGGGAGAUCAGGACGUCAGUGUUCUCUUCAUCAUCUCGGGCCUGCUGCACGUGUCCCAGCGCAUGAUCGACCGUGAGGACGAGGGGCUGCUGUUCGUGGCUCACCCCGGGGAGAUGGUGGGCCACCUGGCCGUGCUCACUGGGGAGCCGCUCAUCUUCUCCGUCAAGGCCAUACGGGACUGCAGCUUCCUCUCUAUCUCCAAGGCAGACUUCUACGAGAUCAUGCGUGCGGAGCCGCGUAUGGUGUUGAACGUGGCCCACACGGUGGUGCGCAGAGUGUCCCCCUUCGUCAGGCAGAUCGACUUCGCUCUGGACUGGAUGGCCCUGGAGGCCGGCAGGGCUGUCUACAGGCAAGGUGAUGAGUCAGACAGCACGUUUAUUGUGCUGAGUGGGCGUCUGCGCUCCGUCAUCCUGAAGGAUGAUGGGAAAAAGGAGCUGGCUGGGGAGUAUGGCCGCGGUGACCUCAUUGGAGUGGUGGAGGCGCUGACACACCAGAAGCGGGCGACCACGGUGCAUGCCGUCAGGGACUCGGAGCUGGCCAAACUACCCGAAGGGGCGCUGAGCUCAAUCAAGAGGACCUAUCCACAGGUGGUGACUCGUCUGAUUCACCUGCUGGGCCAGAAGAUCCUGGGGAACAUGCAGCAGGGCAACAGCGCCCUAGGUACUGGACUGGGCCUGCAGACCUCAGGUGGGAAGUGGGAUGUGGGGAACCCCGCCUCCAACCUGUCCACUGUGGCCAUCCUGUCCGCCUCCAGUGACGUGCCUCUCACCGCCUUCACCCUGGAGCUCCAGCACGCCCUGACUGCCAUAGGUCCCACUCUGCUCCUCACCAGUGAUAUCAUCCGACAGCACCUGGGAGCUGCAGCCCUGGACAGUGUGCACGAGUACCGCCUGUGCAGCUGGCUGGGUCAGCAGGAGGAUAUCCACCGCAUCGUGCUGUACCAGACGGACGACAGCCUGACGCCCUGGACACAGCGCUGCCUCAGGCAGGCCGACAGCAUCAUCAUAGUGGGCCUGGGGGAAGGGGAACCCACCGUGGGAGAGCUGGAGCGCAUGUUGGAGGGCAGUGCGGUGCGUGCCCAGAAGCAGCUGGUCUUGCUGCACCGCGAGGACGGCCCCGCCCCCCGACGCACCGUCGAGUGGCUCAACAUGCGCAGCUGGAUCUCCCGCCACCAACACCUGGUCUGCCCACGCCGCGUCUUCUCCAAGCGCAGCCUGCCCAAACUGCAAGAGAUGUACCAGAGGGUGUUCCAGAAGCCUGCGGACCGCCACUCCGACUUCUCGCGGCUGGCCAGGGUUCUGACGGGCAACGCUGUCGCCUUGGUGCUGGGAGGCGGAGGUGCCAGGGGCUGCUCCCAGGUGGGCAUCAUCAAGGCCAUGAUCGAGGCGGGCAUUCCCGUGGACCUGGUGGGGGGCACCUCCAUCGGCUCCUUCAUGGGUGCGCUCUACGCAGAGGAGAGGAGCACCAGCCGCAUGAAGGCCCGCGCCAGAGAAUGGGCCAUGGAAAUGACAUCGAUGUUCGCCAAGAUUCUGGACCUGACGUACCCGGUGACCUCCAUGUUCUCUGGAGCCUCCUUCAACAACAGCAUCAGCUCCGUCUUCAAAGGCAAACAGAUUGAGGAUAUGUGGCUGCCAUACUUCAACAUCACCACCGACAUCACAGCCUCCUCCAUGCGCGUUCACACUUAUGGUUCUCUCUGGAGGUACGUGCGUGCCAGCAUGUCUCUCUCUGGAUACCUGCCACCCCUCUGCGACCCCAAAGAUGGCCACUUGCUCAUGGACGGAGGCUACAUCAACAACCUGCCAGCUGACGUAGCGCGCUCCAUGGGGGCCAAGGUGGUGAUCGCCAUCGACGUGGGCAGCAGGGACGAGAGGGACCUGACCAACUACGGUGACUACCUGUCCGGAUGGUGGCUCCUGUGGAACCGCCUCAACCCCUUCUCACACGGCGUGCGGGUGUUGAACAUGGCGGAGAUCCAGACUCGCCUGGCGUAUGUGUGCUGCGUGCGGCAGCUGGAGCUGGUGAAGACCAGCGAGUACUGCGAGUACAUCCGACCGCCCAUCGACCGCUAUGGCACGCUGGAGUUCGGCAAGUUCGACGAGAUCGCGGACGUGGGUUACCAGCACGGUAAGACUCUGUUCAGUGUGUGGCUGCGUAGCGGCGUGGUGGAGAAGAUGCUGAAGGACUGGCACCAGGAGGAGUUCCACAAGACCAAGAACAGCAAGGCGCACACCUGUCCCAACGCCUCCUUUACCGAUCUGGCGGAGAUCGUUUCCCGGAUAGAGCCAGCCAGCAAGGCGUCUGGCCUAGAUGACGAGUGUGAGUACCAGACGGACUAUGAUUCGGAGUACCAGACGGAGGACGCCAUGCUGUCCGACUUCGACUUCAGCGAGCACACGGAGGACGAGACGGCCGACACCGGAGACACGGAUGAUGAUGUGGGGGUGCGGAUCCGGCAUCGAAAGCUUGCAGAUAGCACUUCCUCCUCUUCCUUCUUAUGAGAAAAGCGGCGAUGAAAGAUGAGCAGCGAUGAACAACCUGGAUCAAGACGUU